CCGGGACACACAACCAUGGCGUCAAAGGUCAUUAUCGUGGCCAUCUGCCUCAUGGCAGCCGUCUUCUUGACUGAGGCUCGAAGCGCGAAGCAACUGACUGAGGUUACGAAAGAAAACCAAGAGAAGGCUUCAAAUCCAGACGUAGACCUCACAACGCCGGAUCUGUUAGCAAAGUACGGAUACCCUGCGGAGAGCCAUACGGUACAAACGGACGACGGCUACCUCCUCACUCUGCACCGCAUCCCGCACGGCAAGGAGGUGGCAGCAAGGGCUGACAGACCACCGGUGCUACUGCAACACGGGCUUCUGAGCAGCUCCGCUGAUUGGGUGGUCAAUGGACCAGGAAAAGCUUUAGCCUAUCUCCUAGCAGACCAAGGUUACGAUGUGUGGCUGGGAAACUCAAGAGGGAACACGUACUCCAGAAAACACGUCAGCCUCAAUCCAUCCAAGGACAAGUUCUGGGACUUCAGCUGGCACGAGAUGGGCGUGAGUGAUCUGCCGGCUGUAAUCGACUACAUAAUUGAUAAAACAGGAUCGGAGCAGAUAUUCUACGCUGGCCACUCCAUGGGUACGACGAUGUUCUACGUCUUGGCUUCAGAGCGUCCUGAAUACAACAGCAAGAUCCGCGCCCACUUCAGUCUAGCUCCUGUCGCCUUCAUGUCCCACCUGAAGAGUCCGCUGAUCCAACUGGCAUCGAAAGUCGACGACGAACUUAAGUUACUGCUGGACCUGAUGGGUGUCUAUGAGUUCCUGCCACACUCAGGAUUGCUGACAUUGAUCGGAGAGUUGUUCUGCAACGACGAAGCCAUUACCGUGGACAUCUGCAGCAACGUCCUCUUCCUGAUCGCCGGUUACGACUCAUCACAGCUCAACAGGACUUUAUUGCCUGUCAUCCUAGGACACACUCCGGCAGGAGCAUCCACGAAGUCAGUGGUUCAUUACGGUCAGGAGGUCGGUUCCGGCAAAUUCAGGAAGUAUGACCACGGGCUGAUUGGGAACCUCUUUACCUACGGGCACAUUUCGCCACCUGAAUACGACCUGAAGAAGGUAACAGCUCCAGUGUUUCUGUACUACAGUGACAACGACUGGCUGGCAGCUGUCAAGGAUGUUGAUGAACUGUCUAAGAAACUACCGAAAAGUCCGCAAAAGAUCCACGUGAAGCUGGAAUCAUUCAAUCACCUGGACUAUUUGUGGGCUAUCGAUGCGGAGAGUCUUGUGUAUGACGAGGUGAUUGCCCAGAUAAACAAUUUAAGAGUCACUUCGUGGGAGACAACGUUUGAGACCAGAAGCGCCAUGAAACGCAUCGCCUUCACCAUCCUCACGUUCCUAGGGACUGUCUCUAUGAAGGAACACAAAGUGGUGUCAAGUUACAACACCGAUGUGGAUCUGACAACGCCACAGCUGAUCCGCAAAUAUGGUUACCCAUCAGAGUCUCACACUGUUGAGACAAGUGAUGGUUACCUGCUGACAUUGCACCGUAUUCCACAUGGCAGGACAUCUGAGUACAACUCCUCAAGAAUACCUGUGUUUAUUCAACAUGGUCUUCUGAGUACCUCUGCAACUUGGGUAUUCACUGGCCCUAAUAAAAGCUUACCCUACAUUCUUGCUGACAUCGGCUAUGACGUCUGGUUGGGCAAUGCCAGAGGGAACACAUACUCAAGGGGUCAUGUUUCGCUGAACAUUGAUGACCCUAAGUUCUGGGAUUUCAGUUUUCAUGAGAUGGGUGUCCAUGAUCUUCCUGCAGAAAUUGACUGGAUUCUUAAUGUCACUGGACACAAGAAACUCUUCUAUAUUGGCCAUUCUAUGGGCACUACCAUGUUCUACGUAAUGGCAUCCAUGAGACCCGAAUACAAUGACAAAGUGCAAUUUAUGGUCAGCCUGGCACCUGUGGCCUUCGUGGGACACGUGAAGAGUCCAAUAAGGAUCUUAGUGCCAUUUUUGAAGGACUUUGAGUUUAUCUCCUAUUACUUGGGAAAAGGUGAAUUCCUACCUCACAAUAAGAUAAUUCAGUGGCUAGCAAGGUAUGGGUGUGAACUCAUGACAACAGAGCAGAAGAUAUGUGAAGAUUCAAUGUUUGUCAUUGCUGGCUUUGACAAAGAACAAUUCAAUAUGACUUUGUUACCCGAGAUCCUAGGACACGCUCCUGCUGGGACUUCCACAAAAACAGUUGUACACUAUGCUGAAGAGAUUAAGAGUGGUAAAUUUCAGCAGUUUGACAAUAUAUGCAGCAGCGGAAGAAAUGUCAUUAAGGGCAAUUACUGUGACAGGGUGGGGUCUGGGCAAGAGUAUAACCUGACCAAGAUUACAGUUCCUAUUGAUCUCCAUUAUGCUGACAACGACUGGCUGGCAUCUCCCGUGGAUGUGAAACAACUAGCCAGAAAGCUAAAGAGUAAAGUGGAACUAACCAGAGUCCCAUUUUCAAAAUUCAACCACAUUGAUUUUGUGUGGGCCAAAGAUGCUUAUAAGCUCGUGUAUGAAAAUGUCAUUAAUGCUCUCAAGAAACAUGAGUCCAGGUUAACUUGAAAAGCAAUGAGUACAUUAAAGAAUAAAUAUUUGGUGUUUAGACAGUAGAAGAGUAUGCUGUGUUUCUGCGAAUGAAAAUUUCCUGCUUUCUGUACUUAUUUUUUAUUAUUUUUAUUAUUAUUAUUAUUAUUAUAAGACUGAGAAGAUUUACCAGAGAUUCAGAAGUAGCAAACCAAAGCUGAUGAGUGCACAGAAGAGCAAAUGGCACAGAACAUUUGGACCCCUCAUAUUUUUUUUCAAAUAAUAACAUAUAUGUUGAGAUGACUGAGAAAAGUUAUCCAGAAAAAUAAUAUAAAUGUGAUACUCAUAUUGAAGACAUUAAAUUUUAAAGUCUACGAAGACUUGCAUGUACCACAUGCCCACUAUAUUAGACUGUAAUCAAUUACAUAGACUGAGUAAGAAAAAUAAAUUAUGCAAAGACUG